GCAUUACAGUAGUGCAGUCCAGUUUUUAAUCUGACUUGCUUUAGUAUAAAUAUAGCUAGUUGAAAAUUUUGAAAUGAAGAGACUAUAAAAAGGAGAAUAUGAUCAUUCAUUUGUAUUUAAGGCAGUUUAUACAAUAACAACUUCUGACCACCUUGAAAGUACCAAGGAUUGUUUGCUGAUUUGAUAGAAAAUGGCUUCCUGAGUAUUUGCUUUACAUUCUUGGUAUAACUGGUCAAACUAAUUUCUCUUAAGAAACUUAAUCUGUCAUAAUCUCUUUAAGUCGUUUAAAUUGUUGAUACUGUCCUUACAUUGAAGAGGAAAUGCGCCCUGAACAAUUUUCAGUCCCUGCUCUAAUCAAUAAACUAAUACACAUCUACAUAUUUUUUCCUAAUGCAAUGUAAAAGAAUGGAAGACUAGAAUACUCUAAAGCAAAGUGUAAGGUAGGGUAAUAGUCUCUGUUGAUAUAAACAUCACAUCACAAAGCUUUAUGACCAGUAUCUCUUCUCUUAUCAGGGUGCUGUUACCUAAAGUACAGGUGUUAAAAGAGGAUGAGGCCAGGGAAGAAAUCCAAAGAAAUCACUCUUCCUGCCGAGCAAAAGAUGUAACAAUGCCAGCGAAGCUCCCGGUGAAUUUUUUCUCCACAAGAUCUCCAGUCAUUGAUCUUUUUCGGGGACAGUUAGACUAUGCAGAUCAUCUUCGUCAGGAUUCAGAAAUUGUGCUGUAUUUCUUCUAUGCACCAUGGUGUGGCCAGUCCAUUGCAGCAAGAGAAGAAAUAGAACAUGUGGCUAGCAGAUUGUCAGACCAGGUGCUGUUUGUGGCUGUAAAUUGCUGGUGGAACCAGGGGAAGUGCAGGAAGCAGAAGCAUUUCUUUUAUUUUCCUGUGAUACACUUAUACCAUCGGAGUUUUGGACCAAUUGAAUACAAAGGCCCUAUGAGUGCUGUUUAUAUUGAAAAGUUUGUUCGCCGGGUGAUGACACCACUACUCUACAUCUCGUCUCGAUCAAAAUUACUAGAUUUCCUCUCAAAUUAUGAGCCUGGAGUUCUAGGAUAUUUUGAGUUCAAUGCUUCACCUCAACCACCUGGUUAUUUAACAUUCUUCACAUCAGCAUUGCAUUCAUUAAAGAAAGAUUACCUUGGAACAAUACGCUUUGGAGUGAUCACAGAUAAACAUGUUGCAGAGGAGAUCUCCUUGGUGCAUUCAGGCAGCGUGUAUUUGCACAGACAUGUCAACACAUCUCUUAUCUAUCCAAAUGACAUCAUGAACUAUACUGCUGAGAACAUUUGCAAGUGGGCUCUAGAAAAUCGAGAGAUGCUCAUACGCUGGCUGAGACCACAUGGUGGAAAAAGCCUUCUUCUAAACAAUGAGCUGAAGAAAGGACCAGCACUUCUCAUAUUUAUACCUUAUAAUCCCUUAGCAGAAAUUCAUCCUCUUUUAGAUGAAAUUACCAAAGUGGCCUUGGAAUACCACAAUUGUAAUAAAAGCCAGGCAGCUGAGCCAGAUCUUCAAUACUUAGGAGACACUGAUUCACCAGCUUUUGAUUCCUCUGUACCAGAUGCAUAUAUGAAAUUAUCAGAAACAUUUUCUAUAACCAAGUACCCAUGCUGUAACACAGUGGUGCUUCCACAGUGGCAUUCAAUAUCUAGAACUCACAAUGUAUGUGAGCUUUGCAUUAACCAGACACUUGGUGUCAAACCAAAUAAAGUCCACGUGCCACACUGUAACUUUUUAGAGAUAGAAGCAGCUUUGGACUCUUUCUACCUCCAGGAACAUACCUUUUUUCAAGUUAUAUCAAAUACCAUAGAAUGCAGCAAUUUCUUAAGUUUCUAUAGUCCCUUUAGCUAUUACACUGCAUGUUGCAGGACGGUAAACAGACAUUUUUUAAGUUUCAUUAGUUCUGAGAAGACCAUCUUUCAGACCCCCAAAGUAUCAUUUUCUUCCCAUGGGAAGAAAGAUAACACCCAGCAUACUAUUCCUCACAUUGAGGAUAGGAAUUGUUUUAUUCCAGACCUUCAUAUUAGUGGCACUAACUUUACUGGUCUGAGCUGCAGGACCAACAAAACCUUGAAUCUCUAUCUACUGGAUUCAAAUCUUUUUUGGAUAUACGCAGAGAGACUAGGAGCAUCAAGAUCUGCCCAUCUUAAGGAAUUUGCUGCCAUAGUUGACCUGAAAGAAGAAGUGCACUAUGUCCUGGAUCAAAAUCAGUCACUUGUUGGAUCUACCCUGGAGAACUUCAUAAAAAAUUUCAGUGUUCUCUACAGUCCCUUGAAAAGGCAUCUUGUUGAUGACCCUUCAGUCCAUUUUCAUGAACAGCGUGUAAUCACUGAAGUGACUACUAAUACCUUUCAUGAUACUGUGUUUUUGAGUGAAAAGAAUGUCUUGUUGCUCUAUUAUGCACCGUGGUGUGGAUUCUGUGCUUCACUUAAUCACAUCUUUAUACAACUUGCUCGGCUUUUGCCUCCAGAUAAUUUCACUGUGGCAAGAAUUGAUACCACUCGAAAUGACCUUCCAUGGGAAUUUAUGACAGACCGUCUCCCAACCAUUUUAUUUUUUCCUCAUCAGAGGAAGGAACAAAGUGUGAAGUUCCCUGAAGACUUUUCAGUUAACCUUCCUAACCUCCUUAAAUUUAUUUUACAUCACUCAAGUCUUCAUUCAUCAGAGCCCUGUACCAAAGAAUGCCUGCAUAAAGAGACAGUUUUACAGCAAGGACGUAUCUCCCACUUAGAGAGAGAAAUUCAGAAGUUAAGAUCAGAAAUCAGUGCCCUUCAUCAGGCCCAUGACCAGCUUGAAGCACAGCUUUCUGAAGCUAGGAGAGAGGAACAUAGGUUACAGCAGCAAAAACACACACUGGAAAAGCAGCACAAGACUCUGCAGCUCCACAGUGAGCAGUUACAGGCUACAUAUGACCAGAAGAAUCAAGAAUUGUUAGAAAUGGCUGAAAAACUUCAAGAAUUAGCAGAUGCAUCGGAAAACCUCCUUAAAGAAAAUACUUUACUGAGAAUCCUGGUGGCAUCGAGGGAAGCAAAGCUGCAGAGCAAAGAUGAAAUUAAAGAAUCCCUACAGUCAGAACAAAUACUUCCUGAAGAUAAUGAUAUAUCAGUUUCAACAGCUACUGCCACACUAGAGGAAAAAAGGACUGAUAAUAUUGAUACCAUAGAGACAGAGCACAGUAGUGGGAACAGGACAGAGUGAUUGCUUACAAAGUCAAAUGAUGCAGUAUUGGGUAGGUAUUUAUGCAAAUUUUAUUGAAAUUCAUUGUAAAUAAAGACUUCCCCCACAUGAUCUAAAAAAAAGAAAAAUCAAAUGGAAUAUUUUUGUAUACUUGAACAACUUAGAUACCCACAUCUAAAGAGAAGAGGAGAAUGGAAAACACUUUCUGCACUUUACUAUUGCACUAACUUGCAAACACCUAUCCAUUGAAAUUGAAGAUGCUGGUUUUUAGGGGCAGCAGUGUGAAGCACCUCUUACUAAGGACCAGUUAUUUUUCACUGGCUUUCUCCUACAGCUGCUAGAAGAGAAAUUAGAUCUUUGAUUUAUACUUUUUCAUAAUUUCUGAAGUUUGCCCUUUACACUGAAUUCUUUGCUGAAUUAAAAUAGAGAUACUUCAUCUGUGUGAUCAGUAAACUUGAAUGGACAAAGUCAUCUUGCUACAACUAUUCUGUUCUAGAACUUCAGCACUUUGUAUCACUUUUGUAUACCAAUUAUCUGACUGUCUUGAAACCCACAAGAGCCAUCAGUGAACUGUUCUCUACUGAAAACUAAAGAAAGUCUUACUGAAUUAAUUCUUUUCACCUUGAUUUGUAAGAGGCCUAGAAUACAGCAGUAUAACUGUACAAGUCUGGCUAUAUA